CACGCAAGAACAUAUUUGCUACAUUUCAACAACGUCUUGAAGACGCAAGAUGAACUCCUCCAAGUGGUGGGGGAACCUCUGGGGAAAGUCGAAGUCGAAGAAGCAAUACAAGAAGGCGUUCUCUUCGGGCGCUCCUCCUGAAACAGAAGGCGAAGACGCUGCACAAGACGACGUCCAAGAUGGCGGCAAACGUCGCAGCAACGGCUCCUUCGAUAACCUUGAAGUUGAAGGUCAUGACCUUCAGAUGAAGGUCAGCCCGACGAACAACAAGGACGUGAGCCGGACCAUGCAGGCCCGGAUCAAGUCAAAGGUCAAUCCUCACCUCGCAGACAGCUCCAACAAGAUCAUCAGAAAGUCCGACAGUUGCCCCUUUCGGAGGAACGUCGGGAUUUCGAACUCGGGACGUUUCAAGGAGCAUAAGUACCGUAUGGGCGUGUUCGAUAGACCCGACUUCUUCACGGAUCCUUCCGAAAGACAAGACAGAGGGUCGCCGAGGAUGGAGAGGUCGCCAAGGAGGGAGGGCAAACCUGCGCCGCUGGUGACUGACUUGUGA